AUGCCUGUGCAGCUCUUACCGGCCUCCGCGCAGGCCUUUGCGCCUCGAUCGUCUCCAGAGAUCGUCCUCAACACCAAGGUUGAGCCUUGGUUAACGCAAACGUUGAAGCGCAUCAACCGAAUCAAGCGUCCUUUGAACAGCGUUCCACAACACUUCCGAUGUCUGACGGAGACCCUCGGCGGCUCCAAUGCCAUCUGGACGCUGGCAUCCCUCAUGUUACCCAAGGCGCCUGACUCGGACCUGCGCAAGGACUCCAACCCGCUGAUAGAAGCGCUCUUCAACUAUCAGCUGAUCCACGUGGAGGCUUACGUUGUACACGUCGACAUGGUAUCACAGCACGAGGUCGCCUUCAAGCUGACGCCGGAGACGAUCGAAUCGCUGGUUGAAUACCACAAGGAAAUCUAUUCGAUCGACGCCUCGGCGAGCACAUGGAGUUGGCCAGAGAAGGAAGCACAAGUCAAGAAGAUGCAGGAUGAGUUCGUGCAGGGUGCGAACAAGUUUGUUUUCCGUACCAGUGUGCGCGCACUCGAGGGUCUGGAGGAGGAUGGCGCCGGCGAGUUGCUCGAAGGACGAUCAGAAGAGGUCAAGAGUGCAAUCAUGAACCUUUUCCUGCCGCUCCUUCCACCGCCACCGCGGAUCGUGGAUGUCAUUCACCCAGCGCCAAUUCUGCCGAAUGCCACCAUCCCCGGCCACUGGUGGGCACCACCUCCCCAGCACAUGGCACCACCUCAUCCAGCUCCUGUGGAUUCCUGGAAGGUUCUGCCGUCCACUCCUUCGCCAACGGCGACCUCUUGCAGCGACAACCAAUCCAACACCUUCUGGCAAGAUGUCAACCUCCAGCUGCCGUCGCCCACGCCGUCUUUCAGCCAACCGUACACAACGGCGCCGUCGCAAUAUUACAGCUCGCCUCAGUGCAUGGCACCAAUGCCAGCAAUGCACCUCCCCAGCUCGCUGCCACAACACUGCGGUAACGACAUGGGCAUGGGAGGCUACCACGAGUUCGGCUGGAGCCAGAGCACCUUUGCACCUCAAUAUGCCACCACGGUAUGA